AUGAGAGCAGUUUUAAAGGUAGAUGGGAAGCAGCCAGAGAAGUACAAGGAGUUGAUGGUCUGCGGGGAGAUGGUCUGUAGGACUGGCUUCACCGUGACGACGCCCCGCGGAGCCUGUCGGAGGAAGUUCUGCGGACGGGGCCGCCGGUGCGAGCUAGAGAAGGAGACGGGCCGAGCGCACUGCGUGUGCCAGGAAAGGUGCCACCCGGCGUUCGUGCCAGUGUGCGGCUCGGACGGGUGGCUCUACGAGAAUCACUGUGAAGUGUACCGCACUGCCUGCCUGCACCGGAGGAAAAUCACAGUGGUGCACAACAAGGACUGCUUCUUUAAAGGCAUCACAUGCACAAUCGCAGACUAUAACAAGUUGAAGAGUGCGCUCCUUGAUCUGCAGUUCAAGAGCCUCAGUGGCGAAGGGGAGGGAGAGGAUAAGCACAGGACCCAAAAGAGAGCCAUGGUGGACUCCCUGUUUAAGCACCUAGAUGUGGACAACAACAGUUGGCUUGACAAAAAUGAGCUCACACAGAUAUUUCUCAAAGGCCACCUUGAAGGUAACCUGUCAAAGUGCUCAACAGAUGACUUGCUACGAUAUGACGACUAUAACAAUGAUGAACAGCUGACUCUCCAGGAGUUCCUCAGAGCUUUCCAGGUUGCUCAGCUUAAUCUUCCAGAGGAGAAGCGAGUGAUUGUUUCCACGGUGACAGUAGGACUCAGCUUGGUGUUGUCAUGUGACAUUCAGGGAUCUCAGCAGCCACCUGUAAUGUGGAAGAGAAAUGGAAUCAACCUCAACUUCCUGGAUCUAGAAGAUAUCAAUGAUUUUGGUGAUGAUGGCUCACUCUACAUCACUAAGGUGACAACCAUCCAUAUGGGGAAUUACACCUGUCACUUGCGUGGCUAUGAGGAUCCCUACCAGACACAUGUUCUGCAGGUGAAUGUACCUCCUGUGAUCCUAGUGUACCCUGAGACCCAGGCGCAGGAGCCCGGAGUGGCUGCCAGUAUGCACUGCUAUGCAGACGGCAUCCCAAACCCCAACAUAGUAUGGCUGAAGAAUGGCAUGGACUUGUCACCCAAGCUGUCAAAUCAGCUUUCACUCAUGGCCAAUGGAAGUGUGUUGCACAUUGGUAGUGUGCGGUAUGAAGACACGGGUGCAUACACCUGCAUUGCCAAGAAUGAGGUGGGAGUGGAUGAAGAUAUCUCCUCACUGUUUGUGGAGGACUCAGCCAGGAAGACUCUUGCAAACAUACUGUGGCGUGAAAAAGGACUCAGUACAGGAAAUGUUUUCUACGUUUUCUCUGAGGAGGGAAUGACCAUCGUCCAGCCUAAUGAGUGUGAGAUCCACAAGCAUAUAAAGGCCACAGAGAGGAUAAUGGGAAGCAAUGGAGACAUGUGCCCCGAGGUUCAUGGGAGUUUAUCUCAGCAGCGCUGCGUGUGGGCUAUGGCUGCCAAUGUAAGGGACAAAUACAUCUACAUCACACAGCCACUGCAUAACAGACUCCUGAUCAUUGACACCCAGGGUGAGAAAGUGAUGCAGGCUGUGGAAACAGACCCAGUUCCUGUGAAGGUCCACUAUGACAAGUCCCAUGAUCAGGUCUGGGUUCUGAGCUGGGGAGACAUGCAGAAGUCCUACCCCACCUUACAGGUCAUCUCCCGAGCCAGCGUAGGGGAAGAGCAUCAUGCUGCUGAAACCAGGUUUCAAAAAGUGGAUGACUUCUUCAUUCCACCCACAAACCUCAUCAUCACUCAUGUACGAUUUGGGUUCAUUUUCUUCAAAUCUGAGGCUGCAGUUCACAAAAUUGACUUGGAGACCUUCCAUCACCUUAAAACCAUCAGCCUGAAGAGCUAUAACUGUGUACCUGUCAGUAUGGCUUACACCCACAUGAGUGGGUAUUACUUCAUCCAGUGCCAGGAAGGGAAUUCUUCAGCAGCCCCACCUCAGCUCAUUAUUGACAGUGUCACAGACUUUGUGAUUGGAAAUAACCUUAACUUAAAGGGCAAGCCCCACGUUUCACCCAACGGACGCUUUGUGGUCACCCUGGAACAUGAGCGCCAAGUGAUGACUGUACAGAACAUAACCUUCAAGGGGGAGUUACAGCUGUGCCAGGAGAUUGACACAGUCGCACCCAUAUCGCAGCUGGUGUUUCAGCCGUCUUUUACCGAAGCCAACCAGUAUAUGAUUAUUGCCACCUCCAGGGCACACACGGACCUAUUUUUUUACGACCUGUCCUCAAGAAGGAGGGAAGUCCUAAGGAAUCUCAAAAAUUCUAUACCAACACGCUACUGGCCGUGGAACCAUGGAAAUGGGCUGCUGGUGAACAGUGGACUGUUUGGACAGUACUUGGUCAUGGGUUCAGACAAAUCUCUCCUUUUGCUAAACGUAAAACAGAAAAAAAUCCAUUGCGAAGUAUCGGAAAUGCAGGCAAGCAACACAGUGGUCUGGGUGGAGGAGGUAUGAGGAAGUUCAUAAGGUUUCAGAAUAACGAAGUUCAUGCAAAAAAAGGAAAAAAAAUGCACCGACACGGACUCAAUCUUGUGACUGAGCAGAAAAAAAUCCAUCUAUGGUA